CCCGGGCCCCACCGGCCCCCCAUGGACGCCCCCGGCUCGGGGCGCUAGGACCCCCGCAGUCGUUCACCCAGCCCCGGUCCAGCGCACCACGCCGAGGGAUCUCUGAACAGGACAAGACUUCGAAGUUACCUCCCAACCACCUAACCCAGGACCUCCCAAGCAGAUCCAGCCUGCCCCCCAGCUCUCCUACCUGCCACUCCCUGGCCCCUCCCACCACCUGCCCGCCCCCCCUUGGGGAGCAGGGCAUGGUGUGAAAGGCCAAGUGCUGAGGGGGGUACCAUGGGUGCUGUGCCCUAGGACCUGGGUAGUGGGGGGGUGGCCUGUGGGUGUGCCGGGGGGGCCAGUGUGCCCACCCCAGUCUCUUGGCGUGCUGGAGGGCAUCCUGGAUGGAAUUGAAGUGAAUGGAACAGAAGCCAAGCAAGGUGGAGUGUGGGUCAGACCCAGAGGAGAACAGUGCCAGGUCACCAGAUGGAAAGCGAAAAAGAAAGAACGGCCAAUGUUCCCUGAAAACCAGCAUGUCAGGGUAUAUCCCUAGUUACCUGGACAAAGACGAGCAGUGUGUCGUGUGUGGAGACAAGGCAACCGGUUAUCACUACCGCUGUAUCACUUGUGAGGGCUGCAAGGGCUUCUUUCGCCGCACAAUCCAGAAGAACCUCCAUCCCACCUAUUCCUGCAAAUAUGACAGCUGCUGUGUCAUUGACAAGAUCACUCGCAAUCAGUGCCAGCUGUGCCGCUUCAAAAAGUGCAUCGCCGUGGGCAUGGCCAUGGACUUGGUUUUAGAUGACUCCAAGCGAGUGGCCAAGCGCAAACUGAUUGAGCAGAACCGGGAACGGAGGCGGAAAGAGGAGAUGAUCCGGUCAUUGCAGCAGCGACCAGAGCCCACUCCUGAGGAGUGGGAUCUGAUCCAUGUUGCCACAGAGGCCCAUCGCAGCACCAAUGCCCAGGGCAGCCAUUGGAAGCAGAGGCGGAAAUUUCUGCCUGAUGACAUUGGCCAGUCACCCAUUGUCUCCAUGCCGGACGGAGACAAGGUAGACCUAGAGGCCUUCAGCGAGUUUACCAAGAUCAUCACCCCGGCUAUCACCCGAGUGGUGGACUUUGCCAAAAAACUGCCCAUGUUCUCCGAGCUGCCUUGCGAAGACCAGAUCAUCCUCCUGAAGGGGUGCUGCAUGGAGAUCAUGUCCCUGCGGGCAGCCGUCCGCUAUGAUCCCGAGAGCGAUACCCUGACACUGAGUGGGGAGAUGGCCGUCAAGCGGGAGCAGCUCAAGAAUGGUGGCCUGGGCGUAGUCUCUGAUGCCAUCUUUGAACUGGGCAAGUCACUCUCUGCCUUUAACCUGGAUGACACGGAAGUGGCUCUGCUGCAGGCUGUGCUGCUAAUGUCAACAGACCGCUCGGGCCUGCUGUGUGUGGACAAGAUCGAGAAGAGUCAGGAGGCGUACCUGCUGGCGUUCGAGCACUACGUGAACCACCGCAAACACAACAUUCCGCACUUCUGGCCCAAGCUGCUGAUGAAGGUGACUGACCUCCGCAUGAUCGGGGCCUGCCACGCCAGCCGCUUCCUCCACAUGAAAGUCGAGUGCCCCACCGAACUCUUCCCCCCACUCUUCCUCGAGGUCUUUGAGGAUCAGGAAGUCUAAAGCCUCAGGCGGCCAGAGGGUGUGCGGAGCUGGUGGGGAGGAGUCUGGAGAGAAGGGGUAGAGCUGGGGACUGAGAGAGACCUCCCACCUCUUCUCUCCUUCCUCCCAUCCUUGGAUAGAUGCAGCUCCCACAUAACCCCUGCACUGCCCAGAUCCCCCUCAGAACCUCCACAGCCCUGAGACAGGGCAAAACAAAUGAACUUGCUAUGAGGACAGUAUGGGAGGCUGGGUCCCAUGUCUUGCAGUUCCCAGAACCCCAUCCUCUAAGAAGGUAGGGGAAGGGAGAACAGAGGGAUAGGCCAUCUUGACUGUAGGGAAAGGAGAAAUGAGGGUUGGGGGCAGAUGUCCCCACUCAGCCCCCUACACAUAUACAAGAGAGCCCCCAACCCAGUUCCUUGGCCUAGAUUUCCCCUCCAGGCAAAGGGCCUCUAUUUCCCCAGAUGCCUGGAUGGCAAAGGACACCUUGGCUUGGCUCCUCCCCUGGAGGCUAAAAACAAUAAGUCAUCCUAACUGCACUUUGGAAACCAAGCAAGGGGAGAAGAUAAAAUGAAGAAAAACUAGACAGAGGAUAAGGAAAAAGAAAAAGAAAAAGAAAAAAAAUAGAGAGAGAGCAAUAGAGAGAGAGAGACAUGAUAUUAAGUUAUUAGCUGAGGCUGGCCCGAGGGGAAGGACCCCACUUCCCACCCCCAUGCACUUUGAGAGCUGCCCUUCCUCCCCCCAGAUCAGAGUUUUAAAAAAAAUGCCCCCCCAGCAGACCCCCCAAGGGUAGGGCUGCCGAUCAGAGCUGUGAGUUGACACAACAGGGUCCUGGCACCCCCUUGCCUUGCCCCCCGCCCUUGUGCCCCUUUGGCACCCCUAACCCUAGAACUUCCUCUGUCCUUUGCCACUCGUGCCCGCUGAGUUCCAUCUACCUCUCACGCUGGAUGCCAGCUGGCCCCUCACCAGCCUGCCCUGCUGCCCACACAGCUCCCCUUUCAAGUGCCCAGCCCCAGGGGCCUUCCUGGUCCCCCUCCUCUUGCACCUUGGCACCCACACAGGAAAAACUGUGGCCCACGCUCCUUCCCUCCUCGUAUCCUGCAGUAUUAGCUACAAUCCAGAUGCUGCUGUGGUGGGGGAGGGAGUUGUGUGUGAGCAUCUCCCAGAGCCUCUACUCCUGUAGAACUGUUCCCCUGUUUCCUGUCUGUCUUCUCAGCUCCCUCUGACUUCUGCCCUCCUUGUUCCCUACCCCCACUCAAUGCAUCCAACCUAGACUCAGGUGGAUGGGUACAGAAUGGGGAUGUUUCCAUGAGUGGCACUUAGUUGAAGCCCCAGAGGAGGAGGCAGUUAGUGCUCCUCCUGUUUUCUUUGAAGCUCUUCAGGCUGGCUGCCCUUUUGCCCCUGGGACUCCUUUCCCUUCUCUCUAAUUCAGGGACUUUGGCUUGAGCCACCUCCCGCCCUCUGGGAAGGAGUGCUCUGUUGGUCUGUACUUUGGGAGAACUACCAUCCUCCUCCUCCUCCUCUUCCUCCCCAUGUUGGCUACAGCCUACUUCUCAGGGGAGAGAAGGAGAGAGAUUUGGCCCUUCCAUGGGUGAGAGGGAGGGAAGGAGGAGGGACAGAACAGACCAGAGGGCCCUGGGCUCAGGGCUGCAUGUCGGCAGGGAUGGAUGGGUGGACAUUGAUGCCCCCCCGGAAGCCAUGGGGAAUGGGGCAGGGGGUGAGCGAGGGGUGCCAGGGCUUCCUGCGCUUUGCACUAUUGGGGCAAAAAUGUCUUAAGCAGUGGGGAAGCCUGCCACCCCACUCUGACCCUCAGCCUGCCACAGCCCCCUACACACACAUACACACACACACACACACACACACACACACACACACACACACACACACACCACAGAGGCAAUGCUGUGCUGCCACUCAGGGCAGUGUCCUCUCACUGCUCAGGUGUUCCCACUGGGUAGAGGGCCUGAAGGAGCAUCCACUGUCACCUGUGCAUAUGCCUGCCCUGUGCCUCUGGGGGUCCUGGGCCUUCUGCACUAUCUACUAUUUUUGUUUCUAUCCUGCCUUUGCUCCUUCUCUUCCCUCCUGCCAUCUCUCUCUGUCUCUCUUUCUCUCUCUCUCUCUCUCCUGGGGUACUGGUUCCUGUAUUCCUCCAGUCCCAUGGGUAAAUGCUGUCACACCUUCCUUCUAUGCCUGGGAGCCCAGUGGAGUUCCUGACCUGCCUGCUGUCUCUCCCCUUCCCACAGACCCGGUUCUGCCCAUCCAGCCCCAUUCUUAGCCAUAUACUUGGUCUCUUCUCUUACAAGCACUUGGAAUCCCCCCUUCCCUCCCCAGUCAUAUGAGCUGUGAUCCCCCUCCCUUUUGGCUUCUCCCCCUCCUCUUGGUGACAUGGUGUGUGUGUGUGUGUGUGAGUGUGUGUGCGCGCAUAUGUUUCUCUGUGUGAAUGUUUGAGUGAGUACAUGUGGUAGGGGAGGAGCCAGGGAGACUCAGGAGUGCCACGUACCUGCUCUAGAGGCAGCUGUCCCAGUCAGUCCCUGCUGAGGAAGUGAGGGACAGGGCCCUCUCCUGGGGGCCAUUGGUGCUAAUGGGGGGACGGCCUUGGUGUGGGUGCUUAGCAUGCCUCCCCCAGUGUUGGCCCGGGGCACUAGGGCAGGCAGGGUGAGGCAGCAGGUGCAGUAUUGGUGGGAGGAAGGAUUGCUGGGAAUAGGUUGAGGGAGCCAGGCCAGGACAAGGGGGUGCCAGAGCCAUGACCACUACCCUACCCCCACCCGCCUCACCUCUCCAUCUCAGUAUUUCCCCUCCCAUCACUUAUAACACACAUACCUCAUCCAGCCUCCUCCCUGCUCAGACUUGGGGAGGGUGGGGGAGGAGGAGCCCCUGCCCCUUCCUGGGGGGGGUGGGUCUGCAGGGCUGGGAGAGGGCAGGGCGCGUGACACAGACACCGUCCAUAAGGGGGACAGUACUUGCUGCCCUGGGAACUCCUGGGUGGGGGAGGGAGACACUGCCCAGAGGCGCUACUGAAUGUAUGAGAAGCUGGUGCUGGGGUGGGGGGAGGGAGGGUUGUGGCCAGAAACAGGGAAGGAGGUAGGUCCCUUCCCCAGGGAGGGGUGGGACCGGUAGGGGUGACUUGCAGGGGCUCCUACUCCUGCCCCACGUUGACAAUCAGUAUGUCUGUUAUGUGCGAUUUUUCACCCCGUUGUGUUUUGGGUCAGGAUUUUAAAGAAAGAUAUUUUUAUGGUAAUUGUUGCUCGUCUAUUUUACUAUAUAUUUAUGUAAUAAAUAUAUGAUGAAAAUAA